CAUAUAGAAUAUAAGGCUCCAUGAUCCACAAAAUAGUGUCUCAAUACACAAUGAAGGCUCUCGUGCUGCUGGUCGCUCUGUCCCUGGCGUCUGGGGACCAUCUGGACGACAUCAAGAAGUGGAUGGACGCUGUCAAUGCAACUAAUUGCCACCGUAAAGGCUACUCUGAGCUACGCCUUCCGUCCAGUGCUCGCUCGCACAUACCGACAUAUGAAGAUGGAGCAGGGGAGAUGUUUGCCAAUCGAUCGCUGGCCAUGGAAGCAUAUAAAAUGACCUUGAACCGCGCCUUCUUUUUCUCCAUCAUUUACCAGAAAUUGAAUAAGACCACGGACUUCGGAAAACAGCCCGACCUCGUCUACACAUAUCUCUCCGUCAUGAGUGACGUCACUUCCGGACCGGAUGAUAUCGUGGGAUCUGGGAUCUAUUACGAUAAAAAUACUUCGUAUCCAAACUUUUACCAAGCCCUGGAUUUCAACCUCACAUUACCCUUAUUUGGACCUUACGCGAACCGCAUGCAGGGUCGUCUUAGGGUUGAAGACGACAGCAUUCGUAAUUACACACAGUCUGGCAUCGGGUCAACCACCGACGAAUGGUAUAGUCUCUGGCUAAGUGACUACGCAGCAGUCGCCAUAUCCAAGGACGUAUAUGAAAUAGGUACCGAUGGAGAUGAAAGUAAAAAUUCCACGUUCCGUUUUUACGGACCAAAUUAUCACGAUAACGUUUUCGAUAAAACUGUGCCAGUUAGGUUCACGGUUCCCUAUUUUGACUGUGGGCGGACAAAUAAAUGGGUUGUGAGUGUUGUAUCACCUGUAACGGAUUAUAUGCCUCGAUAUACAAGGUGGCAGCACCUAAGGGUACCCUAUUUGUAGCUGAAUCCACAGUCGAAAUAGAUUACACAAAAAUCGAUAUCAACCCGUGUCCCUAUUCAAUCGGGAAUCCUCGACCGAAUUACUUUGCUGGCAUGGCAUUCUGCAAAGGCACAACAGAGUGCAGGCCACUUAGUGGAUUCGGGUUGAGCCGUGGCGGGUACGAGUGUGCGUGCGCACCAGGCUACCGCUACAAGAACAACACCCAGACGGAGCCUUUCAAAGGUGUGGACAUUGAACAGGCAACCCUUCGAGACUACAAACAUGGAUUUGAUUGUGUGAAAACGGAUGAAGUCAUUAUCGGUAAAAGGGACAAAACGGUAUUGACGGACAACACUGCCCAAGAGAAGCAGAAGGUCCUGAACAUAACGACCGAUAACUGCCUUUCCCGGCCUUCAAGCGACCUUGUUCUCCGUUACAACGAGGAGUUAACCAAGCAUUUCAAACCUCAAGGGCGAGUAGCAGUUCGUCUAGCACACUUCCUCAGCAGCUUUCUUCAAACUCAGUUCAAACCAGGACAUGGUAGUCAGUUGUAUCCCCAGCAAAGCCUGAACAAAGACCAACUGUUUGCUGAAGUCGCUGCCAAUGUCCUUGGUGAUAUUCAGAUAGUUGCCAGCGAUGCCUACAUCAUGCUUAGCAACAAGGAGAUUGAAAGUGUGUACAUAACCAAGAAGAUAUCUCCCUCUGAUAAGAUCCCAAAUGAUCAUGUUGUGAAGUCCUCGUCCAUGAGGAAUAUGACAGAGUCGGUCUUCACGGAUGAGAAGAACGUAUGGAAAACGGCUGUGUCUGGUCUGAGGACAAUCAAUGCCGAGCCGUGGAUGAAGAUAAUACCCAAUGCCAAGACUCUGACCCAGAUGAAAACAUGGACGUACAAAGUUCCUGAUUAUAAACAAGGGAAAUGGGGAGCCCCGACCUUUGUGUGCGACAGCCGUGUGAUGGAGUGGACCCUGAAGUACACCAUCCCGAUAUUUGGGCCCCGUGAGGGUGGAAGUAGCGUAGAGUUCAGGGGAGCUGUGUCGGUGUCGGUGUCGGUGCCAAAGUCCAUGCUGCUCACUGACUUGUAGACGCAGUCAAUGGAACCUUGCAAGAAAUGAAAUCGAGUUUAAAUUUUUAUAACGUUAUUGACAUGCUGUACUGAAAUAGAUAUGUCCAUGAUGAAUUUAUUAACACUGAUAUGAGAGGUA